UUAGAAAAGAAAGGAAAAAUUACUUCACGUCUGUUCCUUACAAAGUUUUGGCAUUUCGGCAUUCUGUAUUUCUUUGCUUCGCUCUCUGAUGUCCAAUUCAAUUUCAAUUCUCAGAGUUCUUCGUUGAUCCUUCGAGUGCCUCAACAAUCAUGCCUCACUUUCGUUCCAUAUUCUCCAAAUUCAAAUCUCCUAAGAAAUCUUUUUCUACUUCUACAUCGUCUUCUUCCAUUUAUUACCUUCGCGUCAAUGCCUCAACUUCUCGACCUCAAUUCUCUUCUUUCAUCUCUAAAAUCACUAAAAAACAACCAAAUGAGGAAAAUCCCUCAAUUUUUCUAUCUGGGUAUUUCUCACAUUGUCAUCGGCAUCGAUAUUCCAGAUUUUCUGGGUGCCAUGGUAAAUUUAACCCCGUUUUUACUAAUGGGAAUUGGAUGAACUACUCUAGUUUAAGAGGUUGUAGGAGAAACACAGUUUGGAGUUGCGUGGAUAUGGUCAGGAGAUUCAGUAGUGAGGCGGAACGAGAGUCUAUAGAAUAUGAUGUUGUCAUCAUUGGAGCUGGACCUGCAGGGCUAUCUGCGGCGAUUCGGUUUAAGCAAAUGUGCCAAGAAAAGGGCGUUGAUUUAUCAGUUUGUGUGGUGGAGAAAGGCGCUGAAGUUGGCGCUCACAUCCUCUCCGGAAAUGUUUUUGAACCCCGAGCAUUGGAUGAACUAAUCCCCACAUGGAAAGAGGAUGAGGCACCAAUCAGUGUCUCUGUGACUUCUGAUAAGUUUUGGUUUCUAACAAAAAAUCGUGCCUUUUCACUUCCUUGCCCCUUUAACAACGAAGGAAACUAUGUCAUAAGUUUAAGUCAGUUAGUUCGUUGGAUGGGAAUGAAAGCUGAAGAGCUGGGGGUGGAAAUAUAUCCAGGCUUUGCUGCUAGUGAGGUAUUAUACGAUACAACAGACACAGUUGUUGGCAUUAGAACUAAUGACAUGGGAGUAGCAAAAGAUGGCUCAAAGAAGGAUAAUUAUCAACUUGGUGUAGACCUGAGAGGGCGCAUAACGCUUCUGGCUGAGGGAUGUCGAGGAUCAAUAUCAGAGAAAUUAAUAAAAAAAUACAGUUUGAGGAAGAAGGUAGAUGCGCAGCAUCAGACGUAUGCUUUGGGAAUUAAAGAGGUGUGGGAAAUAGACGAGGACAAACACUAUCCAGGAGCUGUGCUUCAUACUUUGGGUUGGCCCUUGGAUCAUAAGACGUAUGGAGGCUCAUUUUUGUAUCACAUGAACGAUAGACAGAUUUCUAUUGGCCUUGUAGUUGCUUUAAAUUAUCAGAAUCCCUUCUUGAAUCCUUAUGAAGAAUUUCAGAAAUUAAAACAUCAUCCUGUCAUCAAACAACUUCUAGAAGGUGGGACGGUUGUGCAAUAUGGGGCUCGAACGUUAAAUGAAGGCGGUCUUCAGUCUGUUCCAUAUCCAGUUUUCCCGGGAGGAGCAAUUAUUGGAUGUUCAGCUGGCUUUUUAAAUGUACCAAAGAUUAAGGGAACACACACUGCAAUGAAGUCAGGAAUGCUGGCAGCUGAGGCUGCUUUUGGCACACUUCAUGGAGGCUUGAAAAUGGAUGCAUACUGGGAUAGUUUACGAAGUUCUUGGAUAUGGGAAGAACUAUAUCGAGCUCGGAACUAUAGACCUGCAUUUGAGCAUGGUCUUAUCCCCGGCUUGACCAUAAGUGCCCUGGAGCACUAUGUGUUUAAAGGAAGGUCCCCUCUCACGCUAAAGCAUGGGAAACCUGACCACGAAGCUACAAACGUUGCAAGUUUACAUGCUCCAAUUGAUUAUCCGAAGCAUGAUGGCAUUCUGUCAUUUGAUGUGCCAACCUCGCUACAUAGGAGCAACACAAAUCAUGAACAUGAUCAGCCAGCUCACCUUCGCUUAAGGGACGCUAAGAUUCCCGAGGAAGUAAAUUUGAAAGAAUACGCUGCACCCGAGUCAAGAUAUUGUCCUGCACGUGUAUACGAGUACAUACCUGAUGAAAACAACCAGUUGAAGUUGCAGAUUAAUGCUCAAAAUUGUCUUCAUUGCAAGGCUUGUGAUAUUAAAGAUCCAAAACAAAACAUAGAGUGGAGCGUUCCAGAAGGAGGUGGCGGUCCUGGCUACUCUGUCAUGUAGAUUCAUAUGUAUAGAAUGAUGUGGGAUUCUUUGAGAAUAAAUUCUGCUCAAAGGGAAAAGGUUUCAUCUUUUACUAAUAAAGUAAAAAGUUGAUUAAUUGUAACAUCCUUAGCCUUCAUGUUCUGCAUUUUUAUGCAUGUUUCCACAUCUUUUACUAAUAAAGGCCAAGUUUCUUUCA